AUGAAAGCCACCAUUUUUAUACUUACUUGUCUGUCUGUCUUGGGAGCUCUCGCAAGCCCCCUCGACAAGAGAGCAGACCGCGGAUCCGAGAAUGUACCUGGUAUUGGAUCACACAAGCAAACCAUCCUGAAUGCAGGUGGUAAUACUCUGGACCUUGCUAUUGCUAUGCUUGAAACCAAAACUCUGACUACCGAUUACACCUACGGUGAUGGAAAGACGUACGACGCAGCAAAUUUUGGUCUUUUCAAGCAGAAUUGGGGAAUGCUUCGGGUGUGUGCAACCCGAUAUGGACUGGCAGGCCAACCGGAGAGCUCGUGGAAUAACGGGGCUCUACUCAACCAAAACGUCUACGCAGAUGUUGCCUCUCGCUGGGACUGCCAGAAUUAUUACGGAAUAGACCUAUGGUUCGCGGGACACCGUUUUGGCGCAAGCGGGCUGGCAAAUCCUAACACAGCCGAUAUCAACAGUAUAGUUAUUCCCAUUCCGGUGAUUAAUGCUGCCAUGCAGGAGAAUGCUGUGUAUUGGAUCCAGCAGCAGAUUGACAGUAACUCGGCUUAUAAAUCCGACGAUACCAGGUUUUGGGUGGACAUUACUCCUAUCUAA